GGCAAAACAAGAAAUCGAGCACCCCAAACGAAGGAAAUCAGUUAUGCGAUAAACACAUGGCGUAAGCCUUGGCUGAGCGAAACUUGCCUUGCCUAUCCUCAUCAUAGCCUGAAAAAACAAACAUGCAGCGGCUUACAUGUACUAUACUACCUAAACUUGGAUCGAUUAGCAGGAAUACAGGCAAGGCGACCAGUCUUGAGCUAGGAGCACGUGCUUUUUGCAGCAGCAACAUCAGCGGCAGCGGCACAGCAGCGCCCUCGCCCGAUGACAGUUACGAUGUGGCCAUCGUCGGAGGCGGCAUGGUGGGCGCGGCCGUAGCGGCGCUGCUGGGCGCCAGCCGCCUGACCCAGCAGCUGCGUGUGGCCGUGUUGGACGUCAAGCCCCAGUCCAGCUCCUACACCCCCCGCCCCGUCCCCGACCUGCGUGUCAGCACCAUCACGCCCGGCAGCAUCCGCGUGCUGCAGCAGGCGGGCGCCUGGGAGGCGGUGGAGGCGGGCAGCGCGCCCUUCACCAACAUGCAGGUGUGGGACUCCGCCAGCUCGGGUCACAUCCGGUGGGACGCGCGGGAGGCGGGGGCGACCCAAAUGGGGGUGGUGGCGGAGAACGUGCUGCUGCAGUCUGCGCUGUUGGCCGCUGCCGAGCGCUCCGGCGGGCGUAUCGAGUUCAUGUGGCCGGCGGAGGUGCGCGCGCUGAGGCUGCCGGCUGCCGGGGGGGCGGCAGGAGGAGCAGGGACAGGAGCAGGAGGAGCAGGGACAGGAGCAGGAGCAGGAGGACGCCCGCAUGGCUUGGCGGAGUUGGAGCUGGCCGACGGCCGCGUGCUGACGUGUCGUCUGGUGGUUGCGGCGGACGGCGCCGCCAGCAAAGUACGGCAGAUGGCGGGACUGCGCACGUGGGGCUGGUCGUACGGCCAACGCGGGGUGGUUGCAACCGUCACGACGGCAGAGCCCUCCUCCACCGCCUGGCAGCGCUUCCUGCCCACGGGCCCCCUGGCGCUGCUGCCGCUGCGGGACGGCUUCAGCAGCAUCGUGUGGAGCAGUCCGCCGCAGCUGGCGCAGGAGCUGGAGCAGCUGGGACCGCGGGAGUUUGCGGCGGCGAUCAACAAGGCCCUGCGCGACCCCCCCAGCUCCGCCCUGCCCGGCUCCUCCUUCUCCUCCUCCGCCUCCUCUCUUCUCGGCCCGCUGGGCUCCCUCGCUGCUUCCCUGGGGGCAGCUGCGGGCGGCAGCGGCCCCGGCAGCAGCGCCUUCCAGCAGCCCCCGCUGGUGGUGGAGUGGGCGGGUGGCCGACCCCGGUCCUUCCCGCUGCAACUCAAGCAGGCCGGCAGGUUCGUGCUGCCCCGUCUGGCGCUGGUGGGGGAUGCCGCCCACGCGGUACAUCCGCUGGCAGGCCAGGGGGUAAACCUGGGUUUUGGAGACGCGCGUGUGCUUGCGGAGGCGCUUCGAAGCGCAGUUGAGGCGGGGAGCGACCCGGGGGACUACCGCAUGCUGUGCGACAGCUACGAGGCACCGAGGCGGCGGUCGGUGUUGGCCAUGACGGCCGCGAUGGACGGCGUGAAGCGCGCGUUCGAGGUGCAGGCGGCGCCUUUCGCCGCGUUACGGGGUCUGGGGCUGGGGCUGAUCAACUCCGUGGGCCCUGUGCGGAACGGCAUCAUGCAGUAUGCCAUGAUGGGCCAGUCGUGAGCGUCGUACGGCAGGCAGUUGGGCCGGGGGUCAAGGAAGAAAGGGAGUGUGACUGCCCUGACUGGUAUUGCGUUUAGUUGAGACACUUUUGAGGUGCUGUAUAGUAGUUACGCUCAGUAUUGUUUGAGGUUGUGGGUAACGAACCCCAGGGAAUUGCGUCCAAGAGGGGAUCGAGGGAACACCAAUGUAUAGGUGGCCGUCUGUUUGGGCUAGAGCUGGGUAGGGAUGCUUGCACUGCUUGGUACAGGAAGCGAGAUCGGCGCUUCCCCACUUGGCUUUCAUGAGCUCUGUUACAUUGCGACAGCAGCUGGCAGGCAAGCAGAUAUGGGAGGCGUGGUAGUGGCAGUUGAUGAGGCGCUUUCCAGGAACUACAUGACCGUCUGUUGUGCCCUUGGUUUCGGUUAGUGAGCGGGUAUGGAUUGUUCCCAGGACUCACAUACGCCCUCUUCUCACAUGUACAUAGUGUAUUGCAAUACCGGUACCCAAAAGGGACAACGCUGAGCAACCUGAAACGCAGAUCAGAC